AUGACCGUCCAAAACUGGCAAAUCCAAGCGCAAAAAGGCAAAGACCUUUUGGAGAGCUCAGUGCCCAAACAAUGGCUUGCACCUGCUGACCAACUGCCGCCUGUUACACAGAAAAAUGUAACCGACUUUCCGAGGAAGAGCGGACUUUUGACCGAUCGGGAGCUCGGAAUCACGGAGCUAUCGGCAACCGAAUUGACAAGCGGAAUGGGAAAGGGGGAAUUGACAGCCGAGGAAGUAGUUGUGGCCUUUCUCAAGCGGUCUGUCUUGGGACAUCAGCUGCUAAACUUCGCGACGGAGUUCCUGGCCGAGGAGGCAAUCGCUCGAGCUAAGGAACUGGAUGAAUUUUAUAAGGCGAAUGGAAGACUUAUUGGGCCUCUUCAUGGUGUGCCUAUCAGUGUGAAAGAACAUAUCGGUUUCAAAAAUAAGACCUGUCAUACCGGCUAUGUCGCAUGGGUUGAUAGAGUCACAACUCAAGAUGCACACCUUCUCCAAUUGCUAUCUAAGGCUGGUGCAGUCUUUCAUGUUCGCACCAAUCAGCCACAAGCACUAAUGCAUCUUUGCUCCGAGAAUAAUAUCACUGGGAAAACCUUGAACCCUCACAACCGUACAUUAACACCCGGUGGCUCCUCCGGCGGCGAAGGUGCCGCCGUAGGUUUCCGGUGCUCACCACUUGGAAUCGGUACUGAUAUCGGUGGCUCGAUUCGAGGCCCAGCUGCCUUUUGCGGUGGCUAUGGCUUCAAACCUACGUCGAUGCGUAACCCGACGGUGGGAAUUGAAGUUGCUGCUGUCGGACAAGAGUCAAUCCAUGGGGUGGUGGGCCCAAUGGGUCCAGCUUCAAUCGAAGACUUGGAACUUUUCCAAAAGGCCAUAAUUGACCAGGAGCCCUGGAACGAUGAGACAUCGUUAGUGCCUCUGCCCUGGAAGACUGUCACUCCGACCCGAGAUAUCACCGUUGGCAUUAUGUGGGAUGAUGGUGUUGUUCGUCCUCAUCCUCCUGUCACUCGUGCCCUUCAAUUCGCGAAGGAGAAGCUGGUUGCAGCUGGGAUCAAAGUUGUCGACUGGGAGCCCUAUAAGCAUGCUUAUGCGUGGGAUGUCAUCUCCGCACUAUAUUAUCCCGAUGCUGCUGGCCUGCAGCGCGAGAUGCUUCGCAAAUCCGGCGAGCCAGCGCUCCCGCUGAGCGAGUGGGCCUUUUCAUACGGACGCCCCAACCCGCUCACUCAUCAUGAAACCUGGAAACUGCAAUUGGAGCGCGACAUUUACCGUGACGAAUAUAACGCGCUUCUCAAGAGCCGUGGUGUUGACUUCAUCAUCUCGCCUAACUACUCCGGAGUCGCUGCUGUGAUGGGCGAGUCACACUACUGGAACUACACCGCAAUCUGGAACUUGUUGGAUCUUCCGGCUGUGACUCUCCCUUCAGGCUUGAAGGUUGAUCCGAAGCUAGAUGCCUUGACAGAAGACCACAAAAACUAUACCCCUCGUAAUGAGGCAGAUGAGCGAGAGUGGGAAAAGUACGAAGGCCCGGAGAGAUAUGAGGACGCGCCUAUUGCACUGCAGAUUGCUGGGCGACACUUCAAGGACGAGGAGACAUUGGCUGCCUCCAAAAUUCUGGAAGAAAUCAUCAGGGAUGGAAAGAAGGGAGUUGCUGUUUGA